AUGGCAUCCCUUAAGACGUUGAUUCUAGGAUCUCUUAGCCUCGCACCUGAGGUGCUUGGCGCCAACCUUCUCGCGGCUCACUACACUGGAAAGAUCUACUCCCUUUCUUUCACUGGAAGUGGAAGCAAUGCCACAUUAGUCAGCAAAUCAUCUGUCUCUGGGUGUGGAACACUUCCCGCAUGGCUACACGUGGAUGCAAACGCUACCACUGUGUACUGUGUCGAUGAGGAUUGGAACGGAAGCGGUCUGCUUGCGUCUUACUCAAUCGGAGACGAUGGAAGUUUAAAACAAACUGGGCAGGCCGUUACUGCUGGUGCUAGUGUCCACGGUACGCCGUAUGGUUCUGGGGACCAGGAUGGCUACGGUUUCAUAGCGACAGUCGAAUAUGACCCGUCGACCGUAACAACAUACAAGCUUCCUCUUAGCAAUGGCACGAUCGUCCAGAACAGAGUGAAGUUCAACAUGUCUGAACCCGGUCCCAACGCACGACAGAACGCACCUCAUCCACACGCUACUCAGCUUGAUCCCACUGGACGAUACCUGAUAGUUCCGGACUUAGGUGCGGACUUAAUCCGCAUCUUCAGCAUUGAUGCUACAACCGGCGCCCUUACGGCGUGCGCUCCUGGUGUAGCUGGUGCAGGUGACGGACCCCGCCACGGUGCCUGGUGGGCCCCUCACACUGGAUCCACACUUGGACAGAGGCUCUACACAGUCAACGAGUUAGGAAACUCGGUCUCGUCCUGGACUGUUACCUACCCAGACGAUGGGUGCUUGACACUUGAGAGAAAGCAGACGCUCCCAACAUAUGCCGAAGGCCAUGCCGCUCCCAAUGGUUCCAAAGCCGCCGAGGUGCAUGUUGCGGGUACUUUCCUAUACGCGGCCAACCGAGCCGACGAGACCUUUGGUCCCCAGAACGAUUCCCUAGCCACGUACAGCAUUGACCCUACCACGGGCGACAUCACAUUCGUCGAGGCCACUCCCGCGCAUGCCUGGUUCCCCCGCAGUUUCUCUAUUAACAAGGCUGGUGAUUUGGUUGCUGUCGGUGGACAAACGAGCAGCAACGUGGCUAUCAUCGCGCGUGACCCCAAGACCGGAAAAUUAGGCGAUCUUGUGGCGAACCUCGCUGUCGCAACACCCGGAACGCCACAGCAGGAGGAUGGUCUAAGCACUGUUGUGUGGGUUGAAUAA